GCAACAGGCACGCUGCCUGCUCCGGUCCAGCCUGACCAGUCCGCCACCGCCGUGGUCGCCAUGCUCACCGCCUGGUGCUCCUUCGUUCUAGCCCUGCUUGUGGCCCUGCACGAAGGCAAGAGCCAGGCCGCUGCCACCCACACCCCAGAGCAGCCAGCGCCCUUGCCCCGUGCCCGAGGCUCCCACCUGCGGCCUCGCCGUUGCUCCUGCAGCUCCUGGCUCGACAAGGAGUGCGUCUACUUUUGCCACCUGGACAUCAUCUGGGUGAACACUCCCGGACAGACAGCUCCUUACGGCCUGGGAAACCCGCCAAGACGCCAGCGCCGCUCUCUGCCAAGGCGCUGUGAAUGCUACAGCGCCAGGGACCCCGCCUGUGCCACCUUCUGCCAUCGAAGGCCCUGGACUGAAGCUGUGGCAGUCCCAGGCAGCGGGUCCUCUGCAGCUGUGUUCCAGGCUGGCAAGACAUGGGCCACAGCAGGAGAGCUCCUCCAGCAGCUGAGGGGCAUUUGUGCAGCCCAGAUCCACUUUGGUAGGCAACAGCAGAAAGCAACAAGGGAGCCCAGGCCUACACACUCCGGGUGGAGGAAGAGAUAG